AGUCUAAAACUUAUCUUCUUAAAAGUGUUGUUUCUUUUAGCAGAUUUAAAUUUUGAUUUCGAUUGUGCUAGUUAUUUAGUUAUAAGUUUCAGAAAAAUAAUUAAUAUUUUAUUAAGUGCAUUAAACCUUAGUUUUCAUUUCAAUUUUUCGUCGGUUUAUUCUAAAAUCUGUGUAGCUGUUUUCUUUCUGGUUUUAGUUAGAUUACAUGAUAUGAAAGUCCAUAACUUGUUUAAAGCACAAAAUUAAGUGCUUUAAACAAUGAUACUAGUAAAAGUCACUCAUAAUAAAAUGAAAAUCAAUCAAUUUUAAUCUAUGGUGUAAACCUGAUAUAGAAAAAUUAUUUAGUUUUUAAAGUUUGGUUAAUUUGAUUUCACUGGACAGAUCAUCAUUUUUGUCUACUGUCAUAAUUUUAGUUUUCGAGAAAAAGAAUUUAUAAUAUAUAUCAUGCCAAGAGUUUGCUUUGUACCUGGAUGCAAAACAGGUUAUGUGAGUGAAAGGAGAAAAUCUGCUCGAACAUUUUCUCUGUUUAAAUCACCAAAGGAUCCUGCUGUCUUUGAAAUUUGGAAAAGAUCUAUACCUCGAGCUGACAAAAAAUUAAGAAAUGUUGAUUUCGUCUGUGCUAAACACUUUAAAGAAGAUGACAUUGAAAGGUUUUAUGAAACAAAAAUGCCUGAUGGAAGCAUUUUCCGACUUAAACGUGGUAUGCCAAGGCUUAAACCGAGUGCCAUUCCUUGCCUUUUUCCCGAUAUUCCAGGGCAUUCUUCCUAUAAACCAAAGGAAUUUAAGAGUCCUAAAACCAAGAAGAAAAAGUUGAAAAAAACGAGGCUGACGAAGACCGUUUCUCCAUCAUCUCUUUCUCCUCUAAAAAAACAAAAAUUUGGAAAAUUGAAAACUUCCCUUUCAGAAGAGGAAACUAAACAAAAGAAAGAAUCUUCAAUUCAGUUAGGAAAAGAAAAUAUCUUAUUUGAAGGCAUAGUUUUUCAUCCUAUUGCACAGAAUCUUCCAGUACAGCAGACUAUGUUUUUAAGAGAAGAUGCUGAAAAUGAAAUGAAUUUCACACCUUUACAAAACUGCUCAAUUAAUGACUCUGAAUCUUCUACAGUAGAUGACCUUGAAAAGGAACAUUCUGUUCCAAGUUUAUACGAAGUUAUUCUAAAUGAAUCAAACGUAAUUAUUCCAAAGUCUGUCGUAGAGGAACAAUUUUCCUUUAAUUUUUUAAAGAUAAAUGUAAAUAUGAUUGACACACUGAAUUCUUGGUGGAAAGUGAAUGUUCUAGAUGAUUUUAUUUCUUUUAUCCGUUGGAUGCCUGAUUAUACGGUUGAAAGGAAAAUAGUGAUUACUAGAGAUCUAGCUGUAAAAGGAGAGAAAUUGUGAUGGUUUUUUGCAAGGUGUCUUUCAGUGUAAAAAACAUAAUUUGUGCCUUGGCUGUAUAAAGUGGGAGAGGGAACAAAAAAAACUUCUAAUGAAACCUGUAAAACUCCCCAAUAAUCUUGUAGAGCUUAUAAGAUUUAACAUGAAUGAAUAGUUUUCAUAAAAAUAUUAUUUUUAAGAAUUAAACUUGUUGAAUGCAUAAUACUUCAUAUUUUAUUGUUGACUUACAUUGUUUAAGUUAUUCUAGAAAAUUUUAUUUUGGAUUAUUUACUCUAGAAAUUAUUUCAUCUAAAAAAAACUGUAAUUGUUGAUAUUAUUUGGCACUUGAAAUUUAUGUACAAAGAUAAAAAAAUAUUUAAUGAAAUUAUUUUUAAAGAGA